UCCUCAGUGAAAAACGCAUCUUUAUGGAGAAGACUUCAGAGCUGCAGGAAAAGAAAAUGGGGAAAUUUUUACAGCCGAUAACCUGAAUCACUGCAAGCAAGGAUGUCUUGGCCGGCUCUGUACGCUCAGCUACUCGGCACCAACCGGCACUCCACCUCCCUGGGGAAAGUGUGGCUCUCUGUGUUGUUUAUUUUCAGAGUCAUGGUUCUGGUUGUGGCCGCUGAGAGCGUCUGGGGCGACGAGCAGUCCGAUUUCACCUGUAACACACUACAGCCUGGCUGUGAAAACGUCUGUUAUGAUCAGUUUUUCCCAGUGUCCCAUAUCCGCCUCUGGAGCCUCCAGCUGGUCUUUGUGUCCACACCAACCCUCUUGGUCUCCAUGUAUGUGUCCUACCGCAAUCACUGCGAUAAGAGACGAAUCCUUCAGAGUUCUGGACGGGCUAGCGUACUCAACAAUAAGGGGCAAGAAGAAGAGCUGGAGACUCUAAAAAAGAGGAGACUCCCAAUAGCUGGCGCCCUCUGGUGGACAUACCUCUGCAGCCUGGUGUUUAAAAUGAUGUUUGAAGGUGGAUUCAUGUACGCCCUGUACGUUGUGUACGACGGUUUCCAGAUGCCACGCCUGGUGCAGUGCGAUCAGUGGCCAUGCCCCAACCUGGUGGACUGCUUCGUCUCACGGCCCACGGAGAAAACCGUCUUCACCGUUUUCAUGGCUACUGCCUCUUCUAUCUGCAUGGUUCUUAAUUUGGCUGAACUUGCAUAUCUGGUCGCCAAGGCUCUCAACAGCUAACAACUGACAUCUUGCUUUCAAUGAAACUUUGAGGGCAGAGGGUGACGAAAUCAGCAAGGAGAACAGAUUUGUCAAGAGACAGAUUUGGGUUUGAACAAACCAUCUGCUCCAGAAUGAAGGUGCAUCACAUAGCAAAGACUUUUAAGAACAAUUUUAAAUGCAGAUAAAUACACUUCUAUGACCCCAGAAAUGGUGACGGAUGUCAACAAUGAAUUUUUAUGCACACCUUGAUGCCAUUUGUUUUUAUACCAUUGUGGAAUUUUUGUGGCCCGGCUGAGAUAUCUGGGUUCCCGAUUGGUGGAUGGAAAAUAUUUCAAUAUGAAGUCAAUAAUUUAUUGAUCAGAGAGGAUUUCUCUGGGCUUUUAUCAGUAGAAAAUCCAGAUUGAAUCAGACAUUUUGGACCAAAUGCGUUACUUUAUGGACUUUCUUUAAUAUGGAAAACUUGACCUCUUUCUGACCAUCGCUCCAUUUCUGAGUCUUUCUGGUUUUAAAUGUUUGCUCAUUAGAAAAUCAUAAAAUUGUUGGUUGAAUCACAGCAAUAAUUUCCACAGCUGUUUGCCAACUUGCUAGGAAAGUUGUUUUAUGUAUUUUAUAUUUGAGUCACUGAAUACAAUCACGGACAUUUCAAAUAUCCAUGUUUUUCCUUUACUCUGAUUUUGUUUUAAUGAGGAAAAUCAAAGUCCCUGGUGAAUUAAUGAAUGAAACGUAUUCAUACCCCUUUAAAUUUCUCACUCUGUUUCAUUGCAGCCAUUUGCUAAUCUCAGAAAAGUUCAUAUUAUUUCUCAUUAAUGUAUACUCAGCAUCCCCUCUUGACAGAAAACAUACAGAAUUGUAGGAAGCUUUGUAAAUUUAUUAAAAAAAAGAAAAACUGAAACAUCACAUGGUCAUAAGUAUUCAGACCUUUUGCUCAGUAGAAACCCCUUUUUAGCUUGUACAGCCAUGAGUCUUCUUGGAAAUGAUGCAACUAGUUUUUCACAGCUGGAUUUGGGGAUCCUCUGCCAUUCCUCCUUCAGAACCUCUCCAGUUCCAUCGGGUCGGAUGGUGAAUGUUGGUCAUAGAGUUGGAUGCAGGCAUGCAUAACAAAUCACAUUUUAUUUUAAAUAUAUUUACAUUUUUCAAAAGUACAUUGCCAAUAUACUAUUACAGAAUUGUACAAAUUGUCAAUACAUUCAAAAUUUGCAGACAACAUGCUUAUGAAAAUUAGUACAAUGAAACAAUAGGUACACUUUAGAGGAAAUGUGAAAAAUAUUUAACCAAGGACAGAGUAUUGUUUUAAUUUAAUAUCACAGUAUUCCAGUAUUAUUGCAAACAUACUGACAUUUCUCCUUCCUAAGAACAGUGAGGAUCAACGGCAGAACAUUCCCAUUCACUGCACUUUACAGAAACCUACAAAAAAGAACAUUUGUAUUUUAAAGAGUACAGAAAAAUGGCAAAGAAAAAAGUCUGACUUACAAUUUUCAGACGUAGCGGACUCGCUAUGCAUGUGACAUCAUCAGAACUGAUGAUUCAAGUAGCUGCAGCUUCUCUUCUCUGAAUGGAGCUACAGCGACAUCUGCUGGGUCUUAAAGGAAUAUUGGGAAUUGCAGUAUUUUGCACCAAUGUUAUGUUAUUUUUUUUCACAUUUCUUCUAUCGAAUGUUGGUUCCUGGGUGUUUAAUGAGACAAUAAAGUUUUUAAUAAUG